GAGGUAGUUUUUGUACAGCACAGUCUUUGAUUUAUUUGUGGGUGAGGUCGUGCGUUUGAGAAGAAGCUGACUGUGAAGGAGAGAGCUGUGGAAUGCUGUGAAGACUCACUGCCCUGCAGCCGUAGGCAGACUCCUCUCCGGAGUAUCUCCAUCUGAAGGAAGCUCAUAUCCAAGAGAGUUUCCAGUCUUCCACCAUGAACCCUGUUUACAGCCCCGUCCAACCUGGGGCUCCCUAUGGAAACCCGAAGAACAUGGCAUAUACAGGUUAUCCGACAGGCUAUCCCACUGCUGCUCCAGCCUACAACCCAAACAUGUAUCCAACCAGCAGCCCUGGCUACGCUCCAGCUACACUUCUGAUGAAGCAAGCCUGGCCACAGACCUCCUCCUCCUGUGCCACAGACGGCACCUUCCACCUCCCGGUGGACACCGGAACCGAGAACAGAACUUAUCAGGCUUCUUCUGCAGCAUUCAGGUACACUGCAGGGACUCCCUACAAGGUCCCACCGACCCAGAGUAACAACGCACCUCCUCCCUACUCGCCGUCUCCAAAUCCAUACCAAACUGCUAUGUACCCCAUCAGAAGUGCCUAUCCACAGCAGAACCUGUACACCCAGGGAGCUUAUUAUACCCAGCCAGUGUAUGCGGCACAGCCUCACGUUAUCCAUCACACCACCGUGGUCCAGCCCAACAGCAUCCCAUCGGCCAUCUAUCCGGCCCCAGUCGCUGCGCCCAGGACCAACGGUGUGGCCAUGGGGAUGGUUGCUGGGACCACCAUGGCAAUGUCAGCAGGAACCUUGUUGACCACCCCACAACAUACCGCCAUCGGAGCACAUCCAGUUUCCGUGCCAACGUACAGGGCUCAAGGAACUCCCACCUACAGCUACGUACCUCCACACUGGUAAACCCACUGGCCAAUUCAUAUCCGGAGUCAAACAUUGUAUGCAACUACACAAGUCUUACAUCGGUGCUGUGGCCGCUGUACUGCAGCACCUCGUCUGUUUGCAAGAACAAAAGAAAAAAAAAAAAGUGCAAGGGUCACUUUAUGCAUUCUUUAGUGGUUUUUGUAAAAGCUGCUUUUUCUAAUCUUCUGCCUCUUUUUUUUUUUUUUUUCCCCCUCUCCCCUUUCCUCCUCCCCAAUCCACAUAAAUUGUGUAACACACAUACUGACACUGAGCAAUAGUAAAGUUCUCUCUUUGGUCCUAUCAUUUGAAAGCUCAGAAUAUUCACUUUUCCAGCAUUGCCCAGCUGAGUGGUGCAAAGAUCCCCCACUUCUUGUUCGUUUGGGUUCUUUUUGUUAUUUUUCUGUUGUCGUUGUUGUUGACGAAAGCCUAGAUUUUCGUUGGCUAGUAAGAGUGGUUGAUGUUCAGGGUACUAUGUGAAAAGCACAGCGCUGGUAGGCAGGCUUAUUCCAGUUUGGUUUGGGUAUUUUUAGUUGAAUAAUAUAAAUUAUUUAAUCUUCCAUAACAUAUUACAAGAAAAUUGGUGUCUUCCAGAUAGCUGUUGUGAUAGAUUAUAAAUGCAUUAUCUGCAGUGACAUUCUGAACUCAUCCCUUCUUUUGUAGGAGUAAGAGAAUAUAAAUAUAAUUAGUGAUGUAACACACUUGUCUUAGGAAGUAGGAGGACUGGUCACCGUUGGUUCUUUGGUCUGCUUUUUCCAACUGGGCAAAUGGAUCAUGCAUGAUGGGAAGAAAGCAGCAGAGAGCUACAUGCCCUGGUGGCAUCUUACAUCUCUUGGGAAAAUGAGAUGCUCCCCAUCAGCCAUGUUCUGGGGCUGUGCAAGGGAGAAGGCAGCUUCUUCCUUGCAUGGCUGCCAGUUGCAGGCAGAGAUGUUCUGGGCAGCUGUUGAAGGAAGCGAGAUGUCCAAGGAUUGGUCUGAAGAGCUUCACCAGGUCCAAGGAAUAGUCUGAAGAACUUCUCCAGGCCCAGGGGUCAGUCUGAAGAGCUUCUCUGGGUCCGGGGGUCAGUCUGAAGAGCCUCUCCAGAGUCUGGUGGUGUGGGGAAAGAGGGUGGCUGGUUGAUGGAGAAGAGUGUCUGAAACAGGGUGAAGAAAAAGAUGGUGGCUUCACCUUGCACCCACACAAUUGACAGGGCUGGGGCUGAGACCAAACCACGAUGAUCGACAUGGACUUUCAUUCUUUGGGUUAUAGCUGGGUUUGGAGACGUUCAGGAGAAAUGUUCAUCCAGGCACAAGUCUUGGAACCGUAGAGAAAAGCUGGAGGAGGAGGAGGAUGUCCAGCUACUCUGCUUGGUGAGCAGAGAGAAGCGGAGGGGAGAGGAAACAAUAGCAAUAAACAUGUUGCCUUCCUCAUGGAAGGUACCUGAAAAAAGGUGAGAGCAAGGAAGAUGAUCCACAGUUGAUGUGGACUAGGCUGGGAGUCAGUGGGCUUGCAGAAGCUGUGGGCAUCGUGCUCAUUUCUGGGGACUGUGGCUUACCCAAGGGUGUGAGGAUGGGAAGCUGACACAGCCGGUGACAUCCCAUCUCGGGGCGUCCAAGUAGAGCAAUAAUUUGUCUUGAGGGCAGCAAUGAGUGUUUGUAUUUGCAGACAACGCUUGCGGCCAGUUUGAGUUAUUCUAAAAACCUUAUCCCUAAACUAAUCGCAGCUCAGAAAGAAGGUUUUUUUUCUUUUCUUUUUUCCUAAGAGAAAAAACAUUGUUGGGUUUUGAUUUUUCCCUCAAGCGUGCCAAAAAAGUUGCAUUCACGUGUAGAUGUUGGCAACCUCACAUCUCCUGGGCUCCAAGAUUGUCAUAGUAGGCCAGAUCUAGAGCCUUUAAGGGGGUCAGGAUAGUAGAUGUGUGACUGGGCAUCCCUCCUGGAACUGCUUGGUGUGUGUUUUCAACACAUGCAUGGUGUUGAGUCAGUGCCCAUAUGUGUUUGUUGGUUGCUCUGCUUUGGUCGAGCCUGGACCACCUAGAUGGAAGCGAGGGCAGUGAGAACCAUCUCUGGAGGGUCACCUUCACCAAGACAUGGUAGUGUAGAGGUCAGACUGGAGGGCCUUUCAGAAAAGUAAGGUGACAGGUUGUGGGCACCUGGCUGAGACCUCCUUGCUCUUGGUGAUGUCUCCCACCUUGGCUUCUGCUUCUAUUCUUCCUUCCCAUGAGCAUGGUCCAAAUGAGGAGAAAUAAGCUUAGACACCCAAGAGGACUUUUCCUACUGCUGAUUGUUCUCAAGUGGUUUGUCAGGUUGUUGAUGCUUCUGUAUAGAAGUCAUUUGGUUGGUUCUGCUGUUAUUAAAAGAAAUCUAGCAAAGCUCUGGUUAACCUUCACAACUUCAGUGGAAACAAAGUGGGUGAAGACUGAACAUCAGUGCUGUGUAGUGGGGAAGGUGGAUUUAUCCCAUGUAGUACUUUGGGUUGCACUUUGAGUUCAUGGAAAAGGAAAAGGGAAGAAAAAAAUAAUGUAAAUAAUCAGAGGGUUGCCCCAUUGAGCUUGGCAAAGCUAAGGGUUAGCAUGUAAAGAACAACAAGACUUUUGGAAAUAACAAUACUACAUCUUCCUUCCACUGUUUGCAGCAUGCUACAGUUAAACCUGGACCAAAAGAACCCCAUAACCCAGUAGAUCACAAGAAUUGAAGACCUCUUGGAUAUCCUUUUUGGCUCUCACUUCAGGAGUUGUCUACCAUCAUUGGAACAUGUAGGACAGAGUAAGCUUUAGCCAACGCGCUACGACUUGUAGGGUCCAGCCAGCUUGGUUAUCAAAUCCAGGCUCUGCAGAGGAAGACCUUUCCCAGCAGACCUCUACCAGUAGACACCAUCCUACCACUGUCCUAGUCACCCUUCACCCUUAACUGUGUUAGGAAUGACUGCUAAAAUUUUGUCCCAUGGCUAGGAAGGAGGCGCUAAGCUUUCCUCUGAAAGGAAAAAAAACAAACCACACACGAAAGGUGGGGUAGAAAGCUCCAGGAGUUAAGCAUGGAGGAUCAUCCAGUGUUACCACUAAUGAGAUCUGUUAUGGAGUGGUUUAGUUUUAAUUCCUUCACUUUGAUCAGCAGCAGAUAUGAUGUUCCUCAUCCUAUUAUGCCCAUGCAGAAAUACUCAUUAAUUCAACCAGGGUGCAAAGAGGUGAGCUAUUUGCCAUCUGUUGGGCAAGAUGCUUUGCUGAGUCCAUUUGUCAACCAGUAUUUGGUGUAGGCUUGGGCCACCACAUGGCUCCAGGGCCACCACACAGAUCCAGGCUUGGGUAGGUCCUUCCCAAGGUGGAUUCAUGGGGCCACAGUGGUGGGGAGAUGGGGAUGUGGGGCUUGAUGUCCCCUGGCUCAUGCCAGCAGUGACUGGCAGCCCUGUUCUCUUCUGUGUGGAGGGA